AUAAAACUAAAGAGCCUGGCGACGCACGGGCAAAAAACAUCGAGUUUACUGAAUGCGCAUGCGCCAUUAGCAAACUGUCAGUAUAGCUGCACAAUGGAAACACCGGCUCUUUAUUCUGUGUUUACUGACGGAUAGUUUGCGGAUUCAUUCAGGCUCGAAAUGGGAAAAGGUUGUAAAGUGGUGGUUUGUGGCCAGGCAGCGGUUGGGAAAACAGCCAUCCUGGAGCAGCUGCUGUACGGAAACCACGCUGUAGGCUCAGAGUCCAGUGAGACUCAGGAGGACGUGUACGUAGCCUCAGUGGAAACUGACCGAGGUGUGAAGGAGCAACUGAGGCUUUAUGACACCAAAGGGCUUCAAGAUAUUCAAGACCUCCCAAAGCACUACUACUCUGUAGCAGAUGGCUUUGUACUGGUUUACAGCGUCGACAGCCUGGAGUCCUUCAAGAAAGUAGACUUCCUGAAGAAGGAAAUUGACAAGUCCAGAGACAAGAAAGAGGUGACCAUCAUUGUCCUAGGGAAUAAAAGCGACCUGACCGAGCUCCGUCAGGUGGAGCAGGAGGCCGCGCAGCAGUGGGCGCGGUGCGAGAAGGUGAAGCUGUGGGAGGUGAGCGUCACCGAACGGAAUUCCCUCGUCGAACCCUUCAUCCAGCUGACCAGCCGACUCACACAGCCACAGAGCAAGUCUGCCUUCCCUCUGCCUGGACGCAAAAGCAAAGGCAACACAUCUAAUGACAUCUGACGGACCCCCGCCCAACUCCUUCCUGCGUCUAACACAACCUGAACGGCACUUAAGCAGUUCAAACCUACUCAUGCCCCCUCUACAGUGUUAACUAUCGCUGUAGUGACGUGGUUGGUUAGAUGGAGCAGUCUCCAGCAGCUUCCUGGUGUCCCCUUAUUAGAAGGAGGUUGCCGCAAUAAAAUCACAGUGCAAUAUGUAAAGUGAUAUUAGUGUGUAGAUUUCUGAUUGUCAACUUUGAUGCAAAUGAAUUUCCUCUGGCUCUUUAUGGUGUGUGAGGCUUCGUUUACAUCCCAGAGAUCUGAAAUGUAGAGAAAAUGAAACUACUGGCACACUUUUUUUUUUUUCUCAGUUUACUUAAUAUGAUACAUAUACAAUUUAACGAGUCAAUCCCAUGCUUUGUUUACACUCCCACAAUCUUUAUAUACAGUUCAAACCUUCAGUAUCCAAAUCCCCUGCUGUUUCCAGGUCCUCCGUUAGAAUCAAUCGGAUCAAGAAAUAAAAGAUGCCCAGAGGUGCUGAUAUCCAGCAGAGCUGGCAACCCUGGAGAGAAAGACUGGACUGAAACGCCAUGUAAAAGUGUGUUUUAGAUGUGUGUGUUAGGUGAUGACGGUUGCUUACUGACCCUAAGGUCAAUGAUUAUAAAGGUCUGAAUACUGCUGUGCCAGUAGCAUGGUAUAAAAAACAUUUAGUAGAAGACUUUCAUGGUGUUAGAACAUGAUUUGAAAGCAAACAUAUGCAAUAUGAUCUGGUUGUUUUUAGCAUUUAAUACAAUGAUAGUAAUAAUAGACAAACUUUAAAUGUAGAAUAAACAACAGUGCUUAUUAGGCAGGCUCGUAUUGUGUUUAUAGAGUUAAAUAGAUACUUCAUAUUAGCUGGUUAAUUAGUCAGGUUAUCUGCUGAGGUAGCCAGCUUUCAGCCAGCUACCGAACCAACUGUAGUUUUCAAACAGUGUUACCUUCAUAAGAUGGCGCUAUUUGCAGGUAAAUUAGCCUUUUUGUCUUGUAAGUAAGGAAAGUAUUAGCCACCUGCUUUCAGCCAACUGGCCAGCAGUGUGCAGCAACAUGUGGGGUAGGGGCCAUUCAGCUCUACUCUGCUUCAGACAGAUAGAGAAAGGUCAGGUCAAUCUGGGACCUUCUCUGGCAUCUCGGAUGGACCCUCAAGCACAGGGAUGGUAUGAGGGACAAGUUAGUGCUCUUCCACCUUGCUAACCCUGGGAUACUGGGAACCAGCCACGCCCAGUCCCAACAAUGACCCUGUUAUUCUGAGACAUGCUGCAUGGUAAGGCCAGGAGUUUAAUAGACUCAGUGCUGGACAUCAAGGUGGAGAAAGAAGCUUCUGACCUUUUUUUUUUACAUUCAGUAGAUGAGAUGUUUUAGGACUGCAGCAUUCCUCCUGGUCCUCUGGUAGGACUCGCCUCUCCUCAGUCCCACCAACAAUAAUACUCCUGGUUCUCCCUUUCCUCCAGAUACUUGACUGCAGAGUGUGUCUGUGUUUUACAGCCUGCUACUUAAAUCUGUCUGUUAGUCUUCAGCAGUAGAAAUAAUUAGUGUUAAGAUCAAAUAUUUAUUUUCUAACUAAUUUAUUUUUGUCACUUUAAUGAGCCAAAUGUGUCAACAUUUAAUGUGCUGCUGAACUGAGAUAGUGGACCAAUGAUGCUGUCUGUACUGAACCACAAUAAAGAGAUGAGCCGACCCAACCUGA